GGAGCCCCGCUCUCCGCCACCAUGAACCCGGGCUCCGCCGCCGGAGAGGACAAGGGGGCCGCGGGAGGAGGCAGCUGCUGCCGCGGAGCCGAGGGCGGAGGGGACCCGCGGAGCCCCCUGACAGCCGCCGCCGCCGCCGCCGCCGCCGCCGCCGCCGCCGCCCCGGACGAGCCCGGCGCCGGCCAGGAGAAGGACGAAGCCCUGGAGGAGAAACUGAGGAACUUAACUUUCCGGAAGCAGGUCUCCUACAGGAAAGCGAUCUCUCGCUCUGGCCUCCAACUGCUGGCUCCCGGGCCCUCCCUCAGCCUGCCGGUCUCCAACGGUCCAGUGAAGGAGCCCAAGGCCACCCUAGACUGGAGCGAGAAUGCUGUGAACGGAGAGCACCUAUGGCUGGAGACCAACGUAUCGGGAGAUCUCUGCUACUUGGGCGAGGAGAGUUGCCAAGUCAAAUUUGCGAAAUCUGCCCUCCGGAGGAAGUGUGCGGUGUGUAAAAUCGUGGUCCACACAGCCUGCAUGGAGCAGCUGGAGAAGAUUAAUUUCAGGUGCAAACCAACGUUCCGAGAAGGGGGAUCCAGAUCUCCGAGAGAGAACUUUGUCCGCCAUCACUGGGUGCACCGGAGGCGGCAGGAGGGAAAAUGCAAGCAGUGUGGUAAGGGGUUCCAGCAAAAGUUCUCCUUCCACAGUAAAGAGAUUGUGGCCAUCAGCUGCUCCUGGUGCAAACAGGCGUUCCACAAUAAGGUGACCUGCUUCAUGUUACAGCACAUCGAAGAGCCAUGUUCACUGGGAGCCCACGCUGCCGUCAUCAUCCCGCCCACAUGGAUCAUUAAGGUGAAGAAAAAUCAGAAUUCACUCAAGGCCUCGAGUCGGAAGAAGAAGAGGACAUCCUUCAAGAGAAGAGUCAGCAGGAGGGGUGCCGAAGAAAACCGAGGCCGCCCAUUUGUCGUGAAGCCUGUCUCCUCCCCGCUCAUGAAACCGUUGCUCGUGUUUGUGAAUCCCAAGAGUGGAGGAAACCAGGGGACCAAGGUUCUUCAGAUGUUCAUGUGGUUCCUGAAUCCACGUCAGGUUUUCGAUCUCUCUCAGGAAGGGCCAAAGGAUGCGCUGGAGCUCUAUAGAAAAGUGCCCAACCUACGGAUCCUGGCCUGUGGUGGGGAUGGAACGGUGGGCUGGAUCCUCUCUGUCCUGGAUGAGUUGCAGCUCAGUCCCCAACCACCCGUGGGGGUCCUGCCACUGGGAACGGGAAAUGACCUGGCCCGCACUCUCAACUGGGGAGGGGGUUACACCGAUGAGCCUGUCUCCAAGAUUCUCUGCCACGUGGAAGACGGGACGAUAGUCCAGCUGGACCGCUGGAACCUGCACGUGGAGCGGAACCCAGACCUGCCUGCAGAAGAGCUUGAUGAUGGUGUCCAUAAGCUUCCCCUCAGCGUCUUCAAUAACUACUUCAGCCUCGGAUUCGACGCCCACGUCACGCUGGAAUUCCAUGAAUCGCGAGAAGCAAAUCCAGAGAAAUUCAACAGUCGGUUUCGGAAUAAAAUGUUUUAUGCGGGGGCCGCCUUUUCUGAUUUCCUGCAGAGAAGCUCCAGGGAUUUAUCCAAACAUGUAAAAGUUGUGUGCGAUGGAACGGACCUCACCCCAAAGAUUCAGGAGCUGAAGUUCCAGUGUAUAGUGUUUUUAAAUAUACCUAGGUAUUGUGCGGGCACAAUGCCGUGGGGAAACCCGGGAGAGCAUCGAGAUUUUGAACCUCAGCGUCAUGAUGAUGGCUAUAUCGAGGUCAUUGGCUUCACCAUGGCCUCUUUGGCCGCCCUGCAGGUGGGAGGCCAUGGAGAGAGGCUGCACCAGUGCCGGGAGGUGACCCUCCUCACGUACAAACCCAUCCCUAUGCAAGUGGAUGGGGAGCCCUGCAGGCUGGCCCCUGCUCUCAUCCGCAUCUCCCUGAGGAACCAGGCUAACAUGGUGCAGAAGAGCAAGAGGAGAACGUCCGUGCCUUUGCUGAAUGAGUCUCCUGAUUCCCAGGCCCAUACUUGCUCUACGAAGCCACGCUCCUUUUCCUCUACCGUCUGGUCUUCGCCGACCGAAUGCCCCCAGUCCAUCCCAGACCGCCUGCGGAUCCGCGUGAACAGGAUUAGUUUACAGGACUACGAGGGACUGCACUACGACAAGGAGAAGCUCCGGGAAGCUUCCCUCCCUUUGGGCAUUAUAGUUGUCCGAGGAGAUUGUGACCUGGAGACGUGCCGAAUGUACGUUGACCGCCUACAUGAGGCAUCGAAUGUCAUGUCAUCAUCACCAUCAUCAUCAUCCCGCCAAAUCAACCCAAUCAGCCAUCGUCAUCAGGGCCGGCUUCAGACGGACCUGCAGUUGGUUUCCUCUGGUACCCAGAGAGUUCAUUACCAGGACCAGGAAACCUUGUUCCCAAGGGCGCUGUCAGCUCAGAAGCUUUCCCCACGCUGGUGCUUCCUGGAUGCCACUUCUGCCGAUCGCUUUUAUCGAAUUGACAGAUCUCAGGAACAUUUGCACUUUGUGAUGGAGAUUUCACAGGAUGAGAUUUUUAUCCUGGAUCCAGAUAUGGUGGUGGCACAGCAGGGGGGCACGUCGCCGGGGAUGCCCGAUCUGGUGGUGGAGCAGGCUUCUGGAAUGUCGGACUGGUGGAAUCCCGCUGUGCGGAAGCGCGUGCUGAGUGACAGUGGGUUGGGGAAGAUGAUCCCACACUGUGAGGUGGCGGAGAAGAAGGAAGCCACCCAUGCCCUCACGCUGCAGUCACCUGUCUCUUCGGAAGAUCAAGCCCUCUUACAGGCUGUAAUAGCUGGAGAUCUCAUAAAGCUCAUUGAGUGCUGCAGGAAUGGGGGCAGCCUGUUGAUCCGGGGCCCCGAUCACUGCUCCCUCCUCCACUACGCAGCCCAGUUGGGGAACGGCGACAUUGUCAAAUACAUCCUGGACCACGGUCCUUCAGAGUUACUGGAUAUGGCAGACAGCGAAACGGGUGAGACAGCAUUGCACAAGGCAGCUUGCCAGCGGCACCGUGGCGUGUGCCAACUCUUGGUGGAUGCGGGAGCUUCUCUGAGAAAGAUGGAUUCCAAGGGCAAGACGCCUCAAGACAGAGCCCAGCAGGCCGGAGACCCAGACUUGGCUUCCUACCUCGAGAGCUGCCAGAACUACCAGAUUAUGGGGCACGAAGACCUGGAGACGGCCGUCUGACACCUCAGCCCGAGGAGGGGCACCUUGUGGAAUCGGCCGGACCUGUGUCCGGGGCAGCAGACCCGGCCGUCCGGGCCGGAGAAGCCGACGGAAUCGAUCUGUCUGUCUCCCUCGUGCAGGAUCUCGGAAAAGAGGCCACCGCCUCCUAAGGGCUACUGAGACGGGCCGCGGAUCAGCAGCGUCCCCACUCCCCAGCCCACGGUGGGGAUGAGGCGGGGGGCUACCGUGGAAUACCAUGGUCCCUGAGAUGGGAUCCUUAUUGCUUCCAGCAAGUAGCAUGAACCUCUCCUGUGUUCACCUGUACAAUGUAUUUUAAAGCAACAAAGGAAGAAAUAAAAACCUAGGAUGUUCCUAUCAAACCCCACUACCCUUCUCCCCCAUCCAGCCCCAGACCCCUUCAGAGAUCUGAUUCUGGCAACCUCUUUGGUUUUGAAGUGAGAUGCUCUCUGUCCUCUCUGAACCAACCCUUGCCUGAUGGGAAGGGGACAGAUGUUUGAGGAGAGCUGGGUAACCCACAGGAACGCACCCGUGGAAACUGCCCUGGGUGCCCAGGAUCGAACUCCUUUUAAAGUGGGGCUGCCCUACCCCUUCCGUGACUGGAUAUUCUUCUUCUUCCUCUUGCAUGAACUCCCUUCCUUGACUCCUGCGCCUGGAAGCCGAAUCGUGGACGCUAGACUGGUUUCUCCGUUGCCUCUUGAUAACCCACCGAGAUGCCGGGCAAGGCUGGCUCGAGCGGCUGAGGGAUUCGUUGCGGUGCUGAGCCACAUCACUGUCACCCGGUCAUUCCCAUGUGGCCCAGGUUCCGAGGACAGCAGGGACAGUGGGUUUGGCUUGAGUGGUUUGUCGAGCCCUGGCUAAGUACCAUGGCCUCCUCCUUCCGCUCCUGCCGGGUGCGGAGUCCAGGGAGGACUGGGCGGGUGUCUCCAUGGCCAGCUGGCCCAGCACCUGCUCAUAAAGCCCAUUUAAUCAGACAGGACUAACAAUUGAGGAUCUGGAAAGGGCAGUGGUGAGGAGGGGAAACCAGUGGCAGGGUUGAUUUCCAAGCAUCUCGGGGCUGGAGGAGGGGAGGUGGGGGACGUGGGACAAAGAUGAUCUCCCUUUAAGGAGAUGGUGCAAUUGACCCUUUUGGUCAAUGACCAGUGGAUUGGAGCAUGUCUUAAAAUGUUUUUUCCUCCAGCUUUUUUUUUCUUUUUUUUUUUCUGCAUUUAGAAUGGGCUGAAGAGCCCACUCGCAAUCCCCUCUGGGUUUUCAUUGUCGUGGUCACUCAUUUAGCCUUCCCUCCCAAAACCUUUUAGCUCUCCAGACCCAGGACAGGAGCCAUCACAUUUCAAUUCCCCACUGAUGGUCAACACUUCCCUCUCUCUCCUCUCUCCCUUUCUCCCUCUUCCCUCUCUCUUUCUCUCCCCCUCCCUCUCCCUUU